AGAGCCCCGCAGCCCGGCCGGGCUCCGAGGACAGGGGCUGCAUGGAGCGGCCGGCGCGGCUCUGCGGGCUGUGGGCGCUGCUGCUGUGCGCCGGCGGCGGCGGCGGCGAGGGCGCCGCGCCUACCGAAACUCAGCCACCUGUGACAAAUUUGAGUGUUUCUGUUGAAAACCUCUGCACGGUCAUCUGGACAUGGGAUCCUCCUGAGGGAGCCAGCCCGAAUUGCACCUUACGGUAUUUUAGUCAUUUUGACAACAAGCAGGAUAAGAAAAUUGCUCCUGAAACCCAUCGUUCAAAAGAAGUGCCCCUGAACGAGAGGAUUUGUCUGCAAGUGGGGUCCCAGUGCAGCACCAAUGAAAGUGACAAUCCUAGCAUUUUGGUGGAGAAGUGCACCCCGCCCCCGGAAGGUGAUCCCGAGUCUGCUGUGACUGAGCUACAAUGUGUUUGGCACAACCUGAGCUACAUGAAGUGUACUUGGCUCCCUGGAAGGAAUACAAGUCCAGACACCAACUAUACUCUCUACUAUUGGCACAGCAGCCUGGGAAAAAUUCUUCAAUGUGAAGACAUCUAUAGGGAAGGUCAACACAUUGGUUGUUCCUUUGCUCUGACUAAUUUGAAGGAUUCCAGUUUUGAGCAACACAGUGUCCAAAUAGUGGUCAAGGAUAAUGCAGGAAAAAUUAGACCAUCCUUCAAUAUAGUGCCUUUAACUUCUCAUGUGAAACCUGAUCCCCCACAUAUUAAACGUCUCUUCUUCCAAAAUGGUAACUUGUAUGUGCAAUGGAAGAAUCCACAGAAUUUUUACAGCAGAUGUUUAUCUUAUCAAGUAGAAGUCAAUAACAGCCAAACAGAGACAAAUGAUAUUUUCUACGUUGAAGAGGCCAAAUGUCAGAAUUCAGAAUUUGAGGGAAACCUGGAGGGUACAAUUUGUUUCAUGGUCCCCGGUGUUCUUCCUGAUACUUUGAACACAGUCAGAAUAAGAGUCAGAACAAAUAAGUUAUGCUAUGAGGAUGACAAACUCUGGAGCAACUGGAGUCAAGUGAUGAGUAUAGGUAAGAACACCGACCCCACGUUCUACAUAAGCAUGUUGCUCGCCACUCCGGUCAUUGUUGCGGGCGCAAUCAUAGUUCUUCUGCUUUAUCUCAAAAGGCUCAAGAUCAUUAUAUUCCCUCCAAUUCCUGAUCCUGGCAAGAUUUUUAAAGAAAUGUUUGGAGACCAGAACGAUGAUACUCUGCACUGGAAGAAGUACGACAUAUAUGAGAAGCAAACCAAAGAAGAGACCGACUCUGUGGUGCUGAUAGAAAACCUGAAGAGAACCUCUCAGUGACGGGGAUAUUUAUUUUAACCUUCAGCGUGACCUUGUGAAGAUUCAUCCCAUUCUGCAUUUGUUAUCUGGGAACUCGUGAAACGGAAACUGAAACUACUGGGCCAUUUAAAAACAGGCAGCUCAGAAGAGCCGCGGUCUUUCUGUUGAGUCGAGCACUGAGAAACUAAACGUAAGGGGCUCUUUGGUGAAGAGAGUGGAGUCCUUGUCGUCGAAUUGUAAAAGCAGACCGCCCUCGCGACGCCUUCAAAGUCAGGGACAAAGCAAACAGCGAUGAUGGCAGUAGAGUUAAUCUUACCAAGAGUUGUGACAGCUGAGGGAUCUGUGCCUGCUUUGUAUUCUCUGUGUCCAACAAAACCAACACAUUCGAUUUUGUUGUGUGAAACUCAUUUUGGGUGCAGUUGCUCAUGCCAGCCCCUGAGUCACAGAGAACGUCUAGCAAACGAAAUUGAUAAAAUCUGUUAUCUGUUGCUUGGGAUCUUGUGGAGGAAUGUGUGUGGCUCUGAAACCUCUUAGCAGCCUGG